AUUUGGCGAUUAAUUACACACAUUUAGCCAUCAAGGGAGGGAAUCUGGACGAAGGAAAAUACUGGUAAAGGAGCAAUACAUUUAACUAUGAAAAAAGCGGCUGUACUGUGUUUUUGCAUGACCAUGCUCUGAAACGUCGAAAACGCACUAGGUGUCCGGCAUGUUGGGCCAACUUCCGCUUACUCAUGUGUGCGAUGACGUGUGACCCGGAUCAGGCAAAUUUUCUCACUCCGAUGGUCUGCGGAAAACUGGUCCGAUCCGUUAAGUAUAACUUAACAGUUUCGGUGACUGAUGGCUUCUUCACCAGCUGCAAGGACGUCCGAUUCUCUACUGGACGCUCAGUGGACUUGAUGUGUGACUCAGCAUUUUGCACACCGGAAUUACUCCUCAGAGGUCUCGAAAACCACAGCCCAUUUCCACUCAGGUUUGUCGUCACUCCCGACUACAAAUAUGAUUCACUGGAUAUCAGCGAAAACAGGGCCUACAACCAACCUAUGUAUAGUUGCAACCAAGCGGUGCCAGCACGUGGAUCGGAUUCCGGAGGGCCAAGCUGCUCUUGCACAGAUUGUGAGGGUUCAUGUCGCCCUCCACCUGAUCCCCCAGUGUCGGCGUCUCCACUGCGUGUUUUCGGUUUUGAUGCGUGGUGGGUGGGAGCGUUCCUCACUUUUAUAGUCAUUUCGGUUGUGUUUUGCGCCUUUGAAGUCCUCAAAUGUAUAUUCAGAAAGGCUGGUAUCAGGCCAUGUCAGUCCAGGAUAAAAACACCCGAAUCCACACAGAGUACACCUUGGCCGAAGCGACUAAAUUAUUUGUCCAGACUGCAAGCUGCCCUGGAACACGCAAUGAGUAAAUGUUUCAGUUGGAUCGGUCGCCAGGUGGCUCGGUACCCCUACAUCACGUUAACCGCCGCCGCUGUGAUAUCCACAAUUCUCUCUGUCGGUCUGGUUAAGUUUACGGUGACCACCAAUCCGGUUGAACUCUGGUCAGCACCAAACUCUCCAUCGCGGUUGGAAAAGAACCACUUUGAUCAACAUUUCAGCCCAUUUUAUAGAACACAGCAACUUAUCAUUCGUCCUCGAAACCAGAAGUGCUUUGUGCAUGAUCAAGUAUAUCCUGUAUAUGGCACGGUACGGUGUGGCCCUGCGUUUAGGAAGUCAUUCUUAUCAGAGGUUUUAAACCUUCAGAAUGAAAUCCUAAAUUUGGUUGUAUAUUCUACCAAGUUCAAUCAGAACAUUUCGUUGAGGGAUAUUUGUUUCAAGCCGCUGGAGCCUGAUAAUAUGGAUUGUGGAAUCAUGAGUCCACUGGAGUACUUCCAGAGCAACGCAACAUUGUUCGAUAAAACGUUUAAUGGGUCCAAUGACUACGUUGACCACAUGCUUUUCUGCGCAGAUGCACCGCUUUCCAUUAGUGGCCCACAUCCGGAUAUAGAAGUCAGCUGCCUAGCAGCUUCCGGCAUGCCAGUUAUGCCCAAAGUCGUAUUUGGUGGCUUCAGCGAUGACAACUACAAGGAUGCCAAAGCCCUGGUGAUCACAUUCUUAGUGCGGAAUCAUCAGGACCCACAAUCCGAACAAGUGCAGAAGGCCGAAGAAUGGGAGAGUGCAUACUUACGCAAGAUGAAGAUCUGGUCAGAACUGAACUCGCAGCUAGCCAUCGUGAGCUAUCGUGCGGAGAGAUCUGUAGAGGAUGAAAUUCGUCGCCAGUCGGAGGCAGACGUCUUGACAGUUCUUGUCAGUUACGUGGUCAUGUUCGUAUACGUCAGUAUAUUCCUGGCCUCUUUCCAGAGAUGUCGAACUGUUCUAGUUGAUAUGCGCAUCACUCUCGGAUUCGGUGGUGUCCUAAUCGUCAUUCUGUCAGUAAUAUCUUCGAUUGGCUUGUGGAGCUAUUGUGGUACGCCGGCCACUUUGAUCAUCAUCGAGGUGAUCCCAUUCCUUGUUCUGGCAGUGGGCGUGGACAAUAUAUUCAUUCUAGUACAAGACUUUGAGUAUUAUGAAGCGAAAACCGAUAUUCUUCGCUGCGAGGAGAGUGAUAACGCGUCAGCUUCAGUUUGUGAUGUGUCAAUGUAUCCUGUGUAUACAAAUGAAGAAACGAGGUCCCUUGACACUGAAAAGAAAUCAAAUCCUACAAUUUCAGCUAGAGUCGAAGCACGGAUGGCCCAAACGAUGAGUCGAGUCGGGCCCUCUAUCCUGUUGUCCAGCGCAGCGGAAUCUACUGCAUUUUUCUGUGGCUCUAUCACAAGCGUGCCAGCCGUUCGGAUCUUCUCGCUAUACGCAGGAGUAGCAGUUGUAUUCAAUUUCCUUCUGCAGCUGUCAGCAUUCGUUGCUCUCAUGACGCUGGACGCUAGACGCAGAAUGGCCAGGCGUUUCGACAUCUGCUGCUGCUUCGGACUGGAUAGUAGGGCUUGCAAAUCGAAACUUAAUCCCGUGGCCCCAGUUAAUGCAAAUGCCACCGGAAAUGGUACGGCUAAUAAUGCAGUUCCCCUGGAGUCUUGUAUGAAGGUAACAAGUACUCCAGUUAAUGCAGUUUUAACGAGGACGAAAUCCGCACAAGCAAAAACUGUGCCCAAAUCCACUCCAUGGUUGCAUCGAGCCAUUACAAGUGGUUUAGCUCCGUUCAUCCUGUCAAUUUGGGUUCGACCUAUCAUCAUGGUGAUCAUCUUGGCUUGGGUCUGCUUCUCCAUAGCGAUUAUUCCAACGCGCAUGCGCAUUGGACUGGAUCAGCGCUUGGCAAUGCCACAGGAUUCCUACGUCUUAGAUUACUUCAAUGCGAUGGCCGAAUACCUUCGUGUUGGUCCGCCUGUCUACUUCGUGGUCACGAGCGGCCACAUAUACAACGAAACAUGGGGCCAGAAUCAGAUAUGUGGUUCAGUUGGAUGCCCGCAGGAUUCGCUACUGGGUCACAUCCGCGAUGCAGCCAAACGUUCAUCAUACACCCGGAUAGCACAGCCGGCAUCAUCAUGGAUUGAUGACUACCUCGAUUGGCUUGAUCCGGAAAACGAAAUGUGUUGCCAAAUGUUACCGAACAUGGUCGACUUUUGUCCAGAUGAUAUGUCCUCGGAAGAGUGUGAAAGUUGCCCAGUGACUUUAACCAAUUUACGGCCAUCUGCCGAUGACUUUGACAAAUACGUGGGCCAAUUUCUGAACAAAAAUCCAAACAUUGAUUGUCCAAAAGCCGGAAGGGCUGCUUACCAUGAAGCUGUGGAACUGCGUCCAGGAAAUGUAAUUGGCGCAACCUACUUUAUGACCUACCAUACGGUUCUAAAAGAGUUUGAAGAUUAUUUAGAUGCCCUAAAAGGAGCUCGGAGAGUAGCGGAUGAAAUUAAUACUGAGUGGCGUCGGAACCGCACGAGUACUGCAUGUGGUCGACAUCUUCCUGACAACUACGUUUAUCCCUACAGUGUGUUCUAUGUGUUUUACGAGCAGUACAUAACUGUGAUCCAUGACGCAAUUCUGCAGAUCGGAGUCUGCGUGCUGGCCGUCUCCGUGGUGACCUUCCUCUUCCUUGGCCUCAAUGUGGCCGGAACGCUUAUGGUUCUAUUCGGUGUGGCUUACAUCUUGAUCAGCUUAAUGGGCAUGAUGGUACUCUGGGGAAUCAGUUUGAAUGCUCUCUCUCUAGUCAAUCUGAUCGUGGCAAUCGGAAUCUCAGUGGAAUUUUGUGCCCACAUAGUGUACGCCUUCAUUGUGAGUACUGAGCCUACAAGACUCACUAGAGCGAAGGCUGCGCUUUCGAAAAUGGGAAGCUCUGUUCUUCGCGGAAUUACACUGACCAAAUUCGGAGGCAUUAUUGUGCUGGCUUUUUCCAAAUCUCGGUUGUUCCAAAUAUUCUACUUUCGAAUGUACCUGGGCAUCGUUGUCUUCGGCUCCUGCACGGGUCUCGUUGUCUUACCUGUGGUUUUGAGCUAUAUCGGUCCCGGUCUCAAUCAAGCAUUAAUACACAGGACGACUGAGCACCCAUGUGGACAAGAUACAUCUGAUGACAUUGCCCACGAGGAACCUUGGGAAUAAAGUGCACAAACAGCCUCCGGAAUCGGAGACCCAAGAUAUUAGCUACUUUUUGUGAUGUCGCGCAGGUUGGCAUCAAGCUUUCGAAGCAUCUUUGAACCAAUAUCGGUAUCUAUACUGUGUUGUGCAUAAAUUCGUUACCUUCGACGCAGAUGGUGCCCUAUCUCAAAUUCGCUGCUUUGGAAAAUGCCAUAAUUCUUGUAACCAUCAGUACCUCAGAGAUACCAAUUCAGGUGACCACUUGGUGCCAAGUUAAUAAAAGUAUUGGUUGCAGAUGCG